GAGAAGAGACUCUCUUGAAGGUAUGUCAACCUCGUCUAAGAAUAGGCGUUCGCGCCGAGUCCUCCUCAGGCAUUUCCUACACUCACUCCAUGAAUUCGAGAAGGUUCCUUGAUGUUGAUCUCAGUGUUCAUCCUCGCCAAGUUAUUGUCUCUGCGCCAUAUAUUGUUUUUGCGUGCUCAAGAAAGGUACCACGUUAUAAGAUUAUAACGACCUCUGCAACGAUUACGUCAUUAGCCGAAAGUAUCCGGCCACCCUUGUCGCAAGAUCCCUUCGUAUGGUUCAGAAUUACACUUCAUCGUCAUGUCUCCCAAAAUUUGCAGAUUCGUGCAGCACCUUCCUCCGGUCCAGUGUGGUUGUCUUCUGUACAAAAAGCUGCUUCUCCUUUUGAUCCUAAUCUUGUUUUCGUCCAGAAUAUCUUUUCAAAUUCUACUGAAUACUAAAA